CGCGACCAAGCGUGGAUGCCGGUGGGAAUUUGGGACCAAAUAUGACCCAGGACGGCGAAACGCAGGAAACCGUGGAGGAGCAGCACGAGUCAAAUGACGAAGAGGAGACCACGAACGAAGAGCCCGUGGUUUACACACUGAAAGUUUUGAAGGUGAUUCGGGAGGCACAACAGAAACAUGGCUUGCGGCAUGAUGACUAUCAGAGAUACAGGAGCUACUGCACCCGGCGUAUCCGACGCUUGCGGAAGUACCUCCACUUCGUGCAGGGCAACAAGAAGAACUUCCGACGGAAGGAUGUCACCGAGGAGGCUCUCAAAGAUGAGAAGUACCUGUACAUCCCGCUGAUGACGGUGGAGCGCGCAUGGAGCUAUGCCAUGCAGCUGAAGAAGGAGGCCAACACGGAGCACCGCAAGAAGUACCACCUGGCCUCGCGCCUACGCAAGGCCGCCCAGAUGGCCGACCUGUUCCAGGCCCUCUGUGACCAGUCCAGCCGCUGCGACGCGCGCACCAAGCUGGAGGUGCAGGCGUACGCCGCCGACAUCCGCGGCACGCUGGCCUUCGAGCUGCGCCGGUGGACCGAUGCCAUCCAGCACUACACGCAGGCGCAGACCAUCUAUAAGAAGCUGGCGUCGGCGCUGAACGAGGAGGAGGCGGUGGUGUAUCGGGCGCGCGCCGGCGAGCUGCUGCCGCUGCUGAGCUUCUGCGCCUACAGCGUGGGCGACAAGGCCGCCGGCGAGGAGCUCAUGAAGAUGCGGACCGGGCACAACGACAUGCUGGAUACGCUGAUCGCAGAGACGCGCGCCCGCCAGGCCGAGGCCCUCAGCGAGAUCACCUGGAGGGGGCGCACCGUCGGCGUCCAGCACGAAAAGGUGCGUGCGUUCCUGCUGAACGUGCAGGAGUUCGAGUCGGCCAAGGAGGAGGCGGACGACAAGCUGGAGCUGUAUGAGAGUCUGCUGAUGGACUGCAAGGACGCCAUGAAUGUCGUCAAGGACGAGCUGCGCCAGGAUCCGGCGUACAAGCAGUACCAGCCGGGCGGCGACACGCCGGUCGGGCCCAUGCACUACCUGCUGACCUACCUGAGCUACAUCAGGCUCAACACGACCGUCGAGCGCAACCUCAUCAUCAUCGAGAACACCGAGGCGCGCCUGCGCCAGAAGACCAAGGGUGCCGACGGCCGCAAGGCGCGACUCCAGGACGUGAUCCGGCUGUACGAGAUCAUCCUGCAGAACCUGCAGGAGGUGCCGCAGCUGGCCGGCCUGGAGGGUGACCUGGAGAUCCGCAGCAGCGUCCAGGCGCAGAUCAGCGCCUACAAGGGCUUCAGGUGUUUCUACGUGGCUGAGAGCUAUUCCAACCACGAGAAGUGGCCCGAGUCGCUGGCGCUGCUGAGCCGCGUGGAGAACUACUGCCAGAACGCGCUGCAGUCGGAGCUGGAGCCCGCCCUGAAGGCGCGCGUGCAGCAGCUGCUGCAGGAGGUGCAGGGCAGGAAGUGCGCCGUCCACGCGCGCAGCAUCCUGGCGGCGGAGCAGCGCACCGACAGCGCCGACACGGCCGCCGGCGACGACCUGAAGCCGCUGUCGGAGCGGCUGGACGAGUACGUGGACGCGCCGGCGGCCGCCGACCGCGUCUGCCAGAUGCCGCCCGCCAUGCGCCCGGUGCCCUGCAAGCCGCUCUUCUUCGACCUGGCGCUGAACCACCUGAGCCUGCCGGAGCUGGCGGCGGAGAGCGGCCGGCCGGCGGCCGCGGCCGCGCCGGCGGGCGCCGCCGGCCAGGCGGCGGCCGCGCAGCCCGGCGGCCUCACCGGCUUUGUCAAGGGCCUGUGGGGAUGGGGUGGCAAGUAGCGGCCGUCGGAUGGGCUCGGCGCCGGAGGGGAGGGCGGCGCUCGGUGAGAGGGCCGCCCCGGCCGGACCGGCGGCGGCCCGCCGUCUGUGGCCUCGGGUGAUGUCGGUAUGCGACGCUGGCACUUUGUUGUUCGGUCUUCUCUUUCUCUCUCUCUAUCUCUCGGUUUGGCAGUCUCCCUUGUUUUGUAGUGGGUUGGCGAUCUGUUGUUGUCUACUUUGAGCGGCUAGUGGUGAUAGUAAUCUGAAGCUCAGCGAGACGAAGAAGUCUAUUUCCCGGGUGUUUGGUAUCACACAAGCAAUGGUUCAAUACAUGCUUGUAUUGUUUCACAUGAUGCUUUGGGAAUGCAUGGAAAUGUAAUCGCCAUGAAUACUGUAUAUCUGAUGUCAUUCAGCUCCAUAUAUAAACAAGCUUCAGGCAAAUUAAGGUCUUUGCGUGAGGUCUUUUCCUAUGCACUCCAGCUGCGGGAGGCGGCUGGCACGUUAGCCGAGUGGCACCGCCUACCUA